GAUGGUAUAUUAGAUGGUAUAUUUGAUGAUAUAUUUGAUGAUAUAUUUCAGAUCGUCAUCGGGGAGUCUAAGGCAAGUUCACCUUUCGAUCCAUCAGUUUUAGCACUUCAACAUUUUGAUCAUUUGAAGGACAUACCGAUAAACUUGAGGGAGAAUUUCAUGAAAGAAUCACUGACGUUCCUGUUCAUCCGUGACCCGUACAGUCGUCUAUUUUCAGGAUACGUUGACAAGCUUUUUUCACCUAAUUAUGUUUUCUGGAAGGUGUACGGAAAGUUUGGGAUAGAACAUGUCCGCACAAAUCGCAGUAGAAAUGAUCUCAUAUGCGGUCAUGAUCUCAGUUUCAGAGAAUUUGUAAAAACAGUUAUUUAUGCAGAAAAAUAUAAUACACAUAGAGACGGCCAUUUUACAGCACAAUAUGAACAUUGCGAUCCAUGUAAGUAUAAGUAUGACGUCAUCGGUAAACUUGAAACCCUCGCGCAAGAUACGUUUUACCUUUUAAAGAAAAUGGGAAAAUUUGCAUUAAUGAAAUCGGUCAUGAACAGAUUUCAUGAAAACACAUUAGAAGAUACUAUUAGAGACCAGGUAGAUAUGCUAUUCAGAUUUAGGUCUAAUUAUCCUCUUUGUGAAGUCGCAUUCUACGAAGCUCAAAAAUUAAUGUGGAAAAAGUUUCAAAUUCGUGGAAUAUUGAGUAAACACUCGACAUAUCCAGUUGCUAAAGAGGAGAGUGAAAGAAUUACAAAGAGAGAUUUUACACGUAUGUUGUACUUAGGCAGAGGAGACGCUGUGGAUAGGAAUAUAUCUAAGAAGAACAAGGAAGAAGCUGUGCUUGAGGCAUUUUCAACGGUAGAUAAAGAAGAUAUGGAGUUAUUGAGUGAACUGUUCCGUCCUGACUGCGAACUGUUUGGUUAUGAUUGUAGGCCUGCUAAGUUAUUCAAAAUAAGGGAGGUUAUCAAACCGUGGUAUUUUGAUAGCAGCACAGCAUAAAACAUGGUAAAACAAUUUUACAUUUGUCGUAUAUUUUUUAUUUAUUAGAAGCAGUUUUAUGUGUGCUUUAGUUUAACUACCGUUUCGAUACUUUAUUGAGUUUUGAUAUAUUUUGUAGCAUGAUAAUGUUAAGUAUAUGAAAACUGUAUUUGAUUUGAAUUUGGUAAAUCAAUCAUGCAUUCCUGUGUUUGUUUUAAAGUAAGCACUCCGUUAUAGAAUCAAUGUUGUCAUCACUUAUCGGAUGAAAGUUAAAACGAUAGUACCACUGGUGCAGAUUAUGUAGCAUAAAAACUAAUAUAGAAACUGACUUUGUCUCUUAAACGUCUCAAAACUUAACAAAAAUAUUGUUGGACCCAUUUUCUUCCGUGCAUCAUGGAUUGCUGAAAAUAUUUACUCCAUAAAGAAAUAGGAAUUGAAAGUGUUCUGACAUUAAAUCCAGUCUAUAAAACACAGAGUCGGUAACGUUGCAUACAGAGAUCGAUAUAUCCGCCUCUCCUGUAGUGCUGUGAGGUUCCAGCUAAAUUAUGCGCUGGACCGUAAGCGUUUAUGCCAAGGGAAGGUAACUCGUGCUUUGUGUUUAUCUGUAAUGCUGUCUCCAAUACAUGGUCGCUGUUUGUAAAUGCGCAAUCACUGGAUUUACCUCCCUUGCAGCACUGACUUACAUCAUCAUGCUAAUGUUGAAAUCAUACAUCCGUGACGAUGCUAACUGGUAAAAACUUGUGAAUAUUAAAAGUGUCACUGAAAGUGAUACAAUGGACAUAUUUCGAUAUUUUGACAUGGUUGCAGGAAACAUGAUUUCCAAAUAUGUCAGUUUAUACAUGAUGCAAAAAAACGUAAAUAAAGAUUAUCGUAUAUAUUUCAAU